AUUUUUUUAAUGAAACCAUCCACUUUUAAAAUAGUUUUAGUUGGUAUGUAUUUUAACAAUCGAAAGGUGAUCCAAGAGUAGGAAAGUCAAAUACACUAACCAGAUUUGCAUUUGAUAAAUUUGAAGAAGGGCAUAAAAUAACUAUAGGAGUAUAACUAAAUCUGAAUUUAGGUGGAAUUUGCAUAGAAAAAUGUAAACAUUAUGGGGAAGGAAAUUAAAUUGGCGAUUUGGGAUACUUGUGGAGCAGUAACAUGCACAUAUAUUUAAGGAAUAAUACAGGGCUUUAACCAAUAUUUAUUACAAGGGAGCUGCAGGAGCAUUAUUAAUUUUUGAUAUCACGGAUAGAAGUUCAUUCGAAAAUUUAGAUAAAUGGCUUAAAGUUUAAGAUACAUGUAAAUUAAUUAGGAUAUUGAAUAAAACACCUCCUCAAUCGUCAUAAUGCUUGUUGCAAAUAAAGUAGAUCUUUCAGAUCAAAGAUAAGUUAGUAAACAAGAAGCUGCUUAGUUCGCUUUUGAGCACAAAUUGGCAUAUUUGGAAACUAGUGCUAAGGAUGGCACUGGUAUAUAGCAAGCAUUUGAAUCAUUGGCAACUGGUAAUAUUAUAUUAUGAUCAUAAUUCCUUAGAAAUUACAAAGUUAUCGCAACCAACAGAAUCAAUUGAAAAGAAUAACAUCAAAUUAACAGAAUCCACUAUUCCAAAAGGAGAAUAGGAUAAAUAAAAGAAAUGUUGUUGA